GCCCAACAACAACACACACACAUCAAAAUGGGAUUCCGGUACAGGGUACGCCCCACGAAGCAGGCCGCCCAGACCCCCUGCGCGGCACAGCUCACGACCCUCCUCGCGUGCUUCGCGACGACGGGCGACCUCCGCGCCGGCGUAGAGGGCACGCAGGGCUGCGCGGCCGCCGCCAAGAACCUGCAUCUGUGCAUGGCGCAGCCGUAUAAGAAGGGGUCGGGCGCUACGCCGUCGAUCAACUACCUCCUCAGCAAGGUCCGUCGAUAGACGCGCUGCUAGCGCCGGGGUCGUCGCCUCGCCCAACGGCGCAACGCCGCAUGCCACACGCCGCACGCACACGCGCACGCCGGCCGUUCCAUAUUGUAUACCAUGCACUGCAUCGCUCGUGA